UUUUUACAGUCUAUGGUUUUGAGGCGGAAAAUAACAGAAAGAAGGAGGGAGGAGCUACAAGCUGAAAGUACUCUUGUUUUAAUUUCAUUUCGGGGAGAUAUAGCUACGCUUUGUUUAUCUUUUGUGUUAUACAGAUGUUUUUUUAACUAAAUUGGAUAUAUUGGUUCUGUGCAAGUUGAGUGUAACUCAUGUCUUGUCGUCGCGCUGUAAGACGGAGUUCAUCUGUAGCGACGAGUGGAGUUUGAGCUCGAGCUUCUCUGCUUUCAUCGCAGCAGGACGCCCGCAAAACACAAAAGCCGCGAUCAAGACUGCCUGUGAUAAGAAAGAAUGACAACAGAACGGCACAAAAGCAUGGAAGAACAUCGUAAUAUGGCAUUACAUCUUAAUUCCGUACUAAUUGAUAAAGGUCCUCCAGCGCUUUAUCGUUUGAACACAGAAAGAAAAUAUAUUGAUGGGACUAAUAAAAAGGUCAGACAGUGGAUAUAUGGACAAAGAGACAGAAACAAGCAGAACAAAGUCAUACUGAUGGUGGGAGAAACCGGCACUGGGAAAACAACCAUGAUCAACACCAUGAUCAACUACAUACUGGGAGUGAAGUUUGAGGAUCAAGAGUUUUAUCAAAUCACAGAAGAAACUAAACCUAAAGAUCAAUCACAAUCCCAGACAUCAGAGAUCACGGUUUAUGAGGUGUUUGUUGAAGAAAACCCAACAUCUCUGACCAUCAUUGACACUCCAGGAUACGGAAACACUGAAGAACACGAGAAAGACAGAGAAAUUUCUGAGUAUCUGAUCAGAUUAUUUUCAGAUGAGGAUGGGAUUCAUAAUAUUGAUGUAGUGUGUUUAGUGAUGAAGGCGUCUCAGAAUCGACUCACUGACAAAGAGUUUUACAUCUUUCACUCAGUUCUGUCUCUGUUUGGUAGAGAUAUAGAGGAGAACAUAGUGUUUCUACUCACACAUUCAGAAGGAGGACCUCCAACAGAUGUUCUUAACGCCAUUAAAACAGCAGCAAUACCCUGCAGAAGAGAUGAGAGAAAUAGACCUGUUCACUUCUUAUUUAGCAACCAGCAGAAACAGCAAAGAGAUGAAGAGUAUGAGCACAUAUACAGAUCAUCAUGGGAAAUGGGAGAGAGAAGCAUGAAUCAGUUCUUCACACUUCUGGGUAGAAUGAACAGAAAAAGUGUUCAGAUGACAUUAGAUGUUCUGAAAGAGCGAAGACGACUCGAGGCCUGUGUCAAUAAUCUUGUGGAACGAAUCUCUUAUAAAGAGUCAAAAACUGAAGAACUUAAUCAGAUUCAAGAAGCCCUCAGACAGAACAGAGACAAGAUUAAGAGAUGUGAAAACUUCCAGUUUACAGUCAAUAGAGUUGUCAAAGAAAAAGUCCUCAUUGAAAAUGAAUGGUGGUGGAACAGAAACGCAACCUGCUGCUCCGUCUGUGAGGAGAACUGUCAUGAAUGGGGCUGCUGGUGGGCGAAAGAUCUCUCGUGGUGUUCAGUCAUGGAAAACAAUCACUGCACUGUGUGUACAAGGAAGUGUCAUUACAGCAAACACAUCAAAGAGAACAAAAAAUAUGAGAUGAGAAAAAAACCAGUCAUUAUGACAUUUGAUAAACUCAAACGGGAGUAUGAACGCACUGGUGACCAUCCUGAAACCAGCUUUGACCAAAACAUAUAUGAAAAUACUAAAAAGGAGCAUGAAAGUAUUGAGAAAGAGUCAGAGGAUAUAACUAAAAUAGAAAAAACACUGAACCACGAACUGGAGGAGAUUCAAAAAGAAAAGUCCAACCUGCUGCAUGAAGCUUAUAAGAUCAUCAUGAGUCUCUCUAAUAUCACAUUAAAAUCAGACAGCGCUUUCACUCUUCAACAUCUGGAUUUCUUGAUUCCCAGAUGGAAGGAGGAGGGAAAAGAUGAAUGGAUAAAGAACCUGGAGGAUCUGAGGAAAGCUGGAGAAGAGAGGAAGAACAAAGGGGCUUUAGACUAUCUGGUGGCUUUUGGCAGACAAAAAUGGAACAAAUUUCGUGGUAAAAAUUAAUCAAAUCUGAAAAGAUGCUGCUCCAUUAGUGAAAAUUAUUCACUCAAAAAAGGGUUUACUGAGCAUAGGAAAUCCUUUAUUUAAUCUCUCAAAAAUGUAUAUGUGAAUCUGCAAACAAAAUUCAAGACUGAACUGAACACAAGAAAAAAAAAAACAUCAUGCAAUAAAACUCUCUAAUCUGGAGAUAUGAUCUCAAAGAAAGAAAUAUAACCAAAUUUAUCUUCUUAUUCUUCUACUUUCCCUCCUUUCACUUUGGCUCAAGACCUGAAAAGCUAAUCAAGAAUUACUACAUGCCACACAUGAUGUAUCUUUUCAAUCUAUUGUUUUUUUUUGUUUUUUUCCUUUUAAUGUUUGAUAUAAUUUUAAUCACCUCAGUGUGAUCAGUAAAAUGGUCUCAAUUUCACAGCAGUCAUUUAUAUUAUGUGAUGUAUGUUAUGUUUACAGUUCUUUUGUUCUAAUCUGGUGUAUAUUUCUAGUGUAACUAGAAAAGGCCUACACAGAGCUGUCCUGCACUCAGAGCACUCACAACUACUGCGUGUUUCUUUACUGUGAGAUAUGCAUCUUCAACUCCUAGAUUUAUCUUUGAGCAACUGAUGUUAUGAAUUGAUCAUUUCUGAAUUGGCCUAUAUUUGUUUAAUUGUGUAAUUUUCUUGAUAUAUGUUACCUGACAAAUAAAAUGAUCUACUUGUUUGAUUA